AUGCUUGUAUCGCUAGAUGCUGCAUCCGGCGGUGGCGCAUUGGCGGACCUUGGUUAUCUGUGGGGAAGUGCGGCAGAUCACUUUUACCACUCACAAGCUGCACGGCAGGGGCCUGGAGUAAAAAGCCACGAUCUCUCAGGAAACCUUGAUGUGCAUCUCAACGGUAUAGACCUCUCAAAAUUACAUGCGGACGCGGUUGCAACGGCGCUACGAGCUACUGCAACUCCAGACCCUCGCCAAUGCGCCAUCAGCAUGUUGCAUCUUGCAUGUUCGCACCGGCCCUCUUCAAUUACAUUUGUACCGACGUUUGGUCAAAUAGAACAACCCGUGUCACAAAAUAUACCAGGAUACAACCCGGCGUGGGUGCUUCCUUUCGCACUUCGCGCAAUCAAAAGUCAGGCAAUUGAGCUCAGGGACUGUGUGGCCUGGGGUCUAAUUCCAUUGGCGUUUGCCGCAACAUCUUCAACAGAUAAACACUUACGUUGCGUUGCAUAUGCCGUAAUUUCAGCAGCAGCUGAUGCUGCUAACACUGGAAGAUCUUUUAAGGAGCGAACUCAGCUUGUCGCACUUUUCAGCACCUUCCAGAACAGCAUCACGAAAAAAGAGCCUCUGAGGCGAUUAUCUACAAUCACAGCAAUAUUCGCCGCUGAGACAGCGUUUGUGUGUAUGCACCCUGAAAAUGAAAUGUACAUUUCACUGCAGCGCGCAGUGAUCAGACGGGCAACACUUGACACUGAAGCGUUUCCUAUUGGCUUCCUUAAUUUUCUCAACGGGAGCCUUCUGACAGACGACAGCAUGGCAUCAAGAAAUAAUCGAAGGAUGCUUCGCGUCUGGUUGCUGCGCUUGCUGACAGUCAGUCUGUGUGAUGCAUCCGAUGCACAUCUGUUUCGAAAGUCGUUCGCGAUCGAAGUGCUGAUGUCACAUAGGUUUGCGGCAUUUUUUCUAGAUCCUUACGCUCAAAAGCUUGCCUUCGAUGUCAUUACUCGGGCCGCGCAAUUAUCUCUACUGACAAAACCGCUCAUCGAAGGCAGUGCCCUUUUAUCAUGGCUGGCGGCAACAGCGAAAUGCGCAUGUCAUCCGAUCCGCUCAUCUAUUAAAAAUACAAAUAUCGGUGCCAUAACCGCGGCAGCAGCGGCAUCUGCGCUCACUGACGUAGUUUCAGCAAGAGGUGCAAUUUAUGGUGGACCCACAGGAACGGCAGCUGAUUCUCUCUCCGCACUUCGCAUUAUACGAUCAACGCUUUUUCCCGCAGCAGCUACUGAAAAUAAUAUUUUUUUCUCGAAAGGAAAUGCCCAUGGUUCUGCAUUUUGCACCGUGUUACUUUCAGCUCUAAAAUUUCAAGCAACGUUGGCCAAACAGCUCUCUAAUCGCCGAGUUGAAGUGUUUGACAUUUCAGAAUUGGUGGAGCUAUGCAGAGCCGUCGAUAAUGUAGACACAAUGUCAGUAGACGCCACACUCAUCCUGUUGGUGAAUUCAGCUGUGUUGGACAUGAUUGUCACUACCGCGGGAGCGAUGAGGAAAAACAUCUUAGUUUUCGGAUCUGAUAGAUGCAUGCAAACUACGAUGGCAAUUGCCAAGUCUAUCUUGACAGUUGUGAUAUGGGCAGCGAGUGCAGUAACAAAAGGCGGCGACAGAUUCUUGAUGGAAGAGUAUGCAUCGAUCAUACUGAAGUGGGCAACAUCUUUUUUGCUAUCUGAGAAAGAAGAAGUGAUAGCACAGCUUGUGGACCCAGAUGGUGGAGUUGGGGCAACUCAAGUAGCCUUGUCGCUGGGAUCGUUACACAAUACUGCAGGCCCUCGACAUCGCUGUGCAACAGUUUCUGAGCUCGUGCGCGCUCAAGCUGAACUCCUUCGUGCUCUUUCAAAUCGAUGUCGGCAAUUCCCAUGUCGUGUUUCGAAAAGCGAUGAACAUGUCUGCAUAGUCAUGUCUACCCCUGUAUACACUGUGCUUCUUUCAAAUGGCGGUGCUCUGGAAGAGCUUAUAUCCGAGGUAAAAUCUGGACAUUUCAAAGCAGCCACUCCAAUUUCGGCGAGAGGAACGGUGAAAAGUAGUUUGCGUGAAUUCAAAGUGCAUGCAGUCCAAGACAUGGAAGACAAAAUAAGCCAAGCAAACAACUUUGUGCAUUCAAACGUUGAUCCCUCGGCUCCCGAGGAGCUUGAAGUUCAACAGGAGAUCAGAGGAAAAAAGCUGACAGCUGCAAGGCUUGCCGCAAUACUUCUGCAGGCAGUGUUCACAGCAAUGCCACCACUGGCGUUUUUAGAAAGCGCGACGCGCAUAAACAGAACGAGAAUUUCAGCGGGCUGUUCCGCCAAGAUAUCUUACCAAUUUCGGUUUGAAAAACACUUGGAAGGCUUUAUGUUCGGCAAAAACC